GUACUUGCAGAUUCAAGGAUAUUUAAAGAUAAUACACAAAGCGGAGUAUACGAUUGCCUCUUUCUCUUCCACUUCGUCAUAACAAUCUAAAUGCUUCGUUUAGCCUGCCGAAAGCCUAUCCAGCGUCACUGGGCACUUAAAGCCAACUUUAGCACAACGCAAAAUAGAUUAUUGUCAACGGAUUUCUUUAAAGCGUCAAUUCUAGACUUGCCACUACAAAAUCAGGCUAAACCUCCUACUAGAAUAGGAUUUCACACCAGUGCAUUCGUCAAGCGUCCUCAAGUAGGUUUGGCUGCAGAAAGUACGAAUAGGGCAACGUCAGAGCCACCAAAGCUUCCCUCUUUCUGGUCGCGAGCAACAGAAUUAACGAAUAAGGAGAAAGAGUGGACGGUUUCAGAAGAAGAUGCGCAAAAGCCAAAGAUCUUGAGGCCAGUAUUAUUCUCCAUUGCCGUAGGCGUAACAGCCUUUGCUUGGGCGGCGUAUAUGACGAUCAAGGAUAAUAGAACAGUGGCUCUCACGGUAGAAAGGGAAAAGUACCUAGAUUUUCCUAAAAGAGAUUUUGACAAGGAAGAAUUUACGGAUAAUCUCUUCGAUUUCUCGGAACAAGAAGAAGUUCGUCUAGGGGUAAUCGCUUAUUUUUCAAAACAAUCAGGAGCUGAAGAUAUCUCAUGGGGCGAUCUCAAUGAAACUCAAAUGCGAGCAUUACGAAAGGUGGUGCAUUUGAAAGACAGACAUCCAUUAGGAAUCUUUAAGGGACUAUAUGAGUACAUGGAAACGAAUCGAAGUCUGGCGGUAGAAUUGAUUAAGCCGAUCCUUUUGUUGCCUUCGACGCUUUAUGCGACUUAUCGUUAUGUCCUACCUGUCAGAUUAUCUGAUGAAAAACUGGCCGCGCUACCAAUUUGUGCAAGCAUGGUUUCUAUUGCUCUAGUUCUGAAACUGGGUAAGAAAGGAUUGUUUGGAAAGAGUGUGAAUGGUUUCUUACGCAGGCACAUGAUGCGAACGCCAUCUGCAAUUCGAUUACACACGCUCGUUACUUCAACUUUUUCGCAUACACGUUUCGUCGAUGUUGUCCAAUACUCAGGUGUCAUCUUACUUAUCGGCAGCUCAUAUCUUGAAUUACCAAAAACAUCAAAAGAAGGUAAACCUUUGCAUACGGCCGAAGCCACGACAUUCUAUCACUUCCUCGCCUUCUGUGUGGCUGCGGGAGCUUUCGCCAACGUUUCUUCGCAAAUUUUUUCUCGUAUCUUGCUGCAAAACGUAGGAAGAAAGUAUGGUCAUCAAAUUGCCAAAAAGUUGAUCGGGAGAGCGCCUGAAUCAGGUGCCGGCGGCAUUGCGGGAGCGUUAAUUGGAAAUUACCUUUAUCAUAGUCCAUGUUGGGAAGAAUACUCAAAUAAUGAGAGAAUAACAUUGCACACAGGCAUAGCCUGCGGUAGUGCUAUUCUUCUAAUUUUUGAAGCAGGAGUACUUACGCUUGGGUUCAUCGAUAGAAGGUACCUGGGCGGGAUCGAUCGUGCAGCUCGUUUGGGUGGAGCAGUGUUCGGAUUGAUGUAUGCUCGCUUCGGCAACGCUUUUUGGGAGAGUAUGAAACGUUUCUUUUAUGAUUGCAAUGAACAAUUACUCAUAAAUAUGAAUCAGACUAGCAAAGAACCUCAAAUCUCUACACAACAACCACUUGCUAUCACUGAAGAAAUACCUACUAUCAUGGAAGAAGUCAGACUAGGUUAA